AAUUACUUUUCUUCUUCAUUGUAGGUGCGUAUAGCUGCAAAAUUCAUCACUCAUGCACCCCCUGGAGAAUUUAAUGAAGUAUUCAAUGAUGUGCGGUUAUUGCUUAACAACGACAAUCUUCUCAGGGAAGGAGCAGCACAUGCAUUUGCACAGUAUAACAUGGAUCAGUUCACUCCGGUGAAGAUAGAAGGGUAUGAUGAUCAGGUCUUAAUCACAGAACACGGUGAUCUGGGCAAUGGCAGAUUUUUAGACCCGAGGAACAAACUUUCUUUUAAGUUUGAUCAUUUAAGGAAAGAAGCGAGCGACCCCCAGCCUGAGGAGACAGAAUCAGCUCUAAAACAAUGGAGGGAUGCCUGCGACAGCGCCCUGAGAGCUUACGUGAAGGAUCAUUACCCCAACGGCUUCUGCACUGUUUAUGGUAAAUCUAUAGAUGGGCAGCAGACAAUUAUUGCCUGUAUCGAGAGCCACCAGUUCCAGCCCAAAAACUUCUGGAAUGGUCGCUGGAGAUCAGAAUGGAAGUUCACCAUCACCCCACCAACAGCUCAAGUGGCCGCAGUGCUCAAAAUCCAGGUGCAUUACUAUGAAGAUGGCAACGUUCAGCUGGUUAGUCAUAAGGACAUCCAGGACUCUGUACCAGUUUCAAGCGAUGUCCAAACAGCGAAGGAAUUUAUUAAGAUAAUAGAAAAUGCAGAAAAUGAGUACCAGACAGCCAUCAGUGAGAACUACCAGACCAUGUCUGACACCACCUUCAAAGCCCUGCGCCGGCAGCUGCCCGUCACCCGAACCAAGAUCGACUGGAACAAAAUCCUCAGCUACAAGAUUGGGAAAGAAAUGCAGAACGCUUAACGCAGAAAUCAGGAGAUUUAGGAAAUGUUUGUGUGCAAAAAAAAAACAAAUGUGGUCCUAUGCCAAGUAGAUGGUUUCUGAACCAGUGCAGCAUUUUUUUCCAGGGCUUUCAAAGUUACCAGGUUUUCUGGCCUCGGAGGGGACUGUGGAACAAAUAGCUUUUUGUCUUUGUGUUUUGUGUUUCCUGCCACGUAAACUUCCUAUUUGUGACUGCAUUGAUCGAUCGGUUGGUUUAAUUAAGUCCAUGGGUCAGAAGUAGAGCUGUUCUCAGUCACCCGUUGUGCUGGUUGGAAAACUUCCUAACUGGAAAAGCCCUACGAUAACCCGAGCUGAGGGUGCAGAGCAUCCCCUGGCCCCCCCCCAUCACUCCAGGUACUCCCUGUGUCCCCCAGACCCACCGAGGGCUGAGAAACACCAGGGAGGGUAAAUCCUCACCAACCGGUACCGACCUCCGCAGAGCAGAGCCCCCAGGCUUAGGUUUUACUCUAGAAAAAUGAGUUUACAAGACCCUUUACAGAAAUCCCCAGCUCUUUCAGGGAUGGAAUGUUUUGGU